AUAAUUCCGAUAUUUCUGGUAGCACUGGAAGGCAGCACAACAGGCAGAGUUGUUCGGUCGGACUCGACAUCCGCGGAGGGGGGUCACUGUUGUCAUUCGUCAGGGCUGUGUGUCGAGCUUUUGUCCAGGAGAAAUGGCUGGGAUUAAAGCUCUCAUAAGCCUGUCCUUUGGAGGGGCCAUUGGCCUCAUGUUCCUCAUGCUAGGAUGUGCCCUCCCUGUGUAUGAUAAAUACUGGCCUUUGUUCCUCCUCUUCUUCUACAUCCUCUCUCCCAUCCCUUACUGCAUCUCGCGGAGGGUGGUCGACGACACAGACUCGGCCAGUAACGCCUGCAAAGAGCUGGCCAUCUUUCUCACGACAGGCAUCGUCAUUUCCGCCUUCGGCCUGCCCAUCAUCUUCGCAAGAGCUGAAGUAAUUGCCUGGGGGGCGUGUGCGCUCGUGCUAACGGGUAACGUAGUCAUCUUCGGGACCAUCCUGGGCUUCUUCCUGGUCUUUGGAUCCAACGACGACUUCAGUUGGCAGCAGUGGUAAAACAGCAGAGGGAGGAGACCUUAGUCUGAACAGUUUUUAUUAGCGUUACAAUUAUUAUUAUGGUAUUACUGUUUGGUUCUUGUUGUUGUUAUUUAUAUGAUGACCGCCCAUCCAUAGACUCACACCAAACCAGUGCAAUACUUCCUUUUUUCUUUUUUUUUACCGCCUGCAUCAUAUUGAACUGACACAAGUGGGAUGGAAAAUGCUGACUUUCAGUUGGAUUUUUACUCAUUUCAGUUAUGCUCUCUGACUUCUGUGGUUGUGAGUUUUCUUCAUUUGUGUGUUCGCUUUCAUUUUGAGCGUUGUAAGCUGUUGAGCGCUGGUGAACAUCCAAUAAGAUUUAGUCUGACUGAAAGGACAGGGUCAUACCUAUCUGGGCUCCUUUCUCUAUUUAGUAGACGCUCUGAAAAGCUCUGGACGAGACUAAGAGCACUGAAGGGUGUGCAUUUCCAGUCUAAGUGCUGAGUUGAGGGAAAAUCUGCACAACACAAACUCAGAUUCCACCUCUCAUGAUGAGGAAACAGCUAUUUCCAUUUGGUAUGGGACUUAUUGAUUGAAACUGUGUCUUGUUUUUUAUGUUUGUCACAGUGAAAGGUGAAAGCUGAUAGAAUACAGAUUUUUCUGUAGGUUUCUGCUAAUGUAAUGCUACCAUUGCUAAGCUGUGAAAGCGAACAAGUCUAGAAGAUCAGUGUGUGUUUGUGAAAGAACUGGGCUUUUACUGCCACCAACCUUUCUCAUCUUUCAAACACUGUUACAUAUGUUAAUGUGAUUUAAAUCAGUUUUAUUUUCCAGCAGUAUGUUCUUUCUUUCUGUUUGGGACCAUGUUGGAAACAAGUGUUUUCACUUUAACAUGUUAUCCCUUGGAUUUUGUUAUGUCUGCAGUCCAUAAAAAUCAUAUGUCAUCACACAAAAUAAGGAGACGGUGUUCAGGAGCAGCAGAAUGCGAGUGUUUGUUUCCUCUCUGAACUCAGAGGAGAGGAUUCAGUCAGACAUCCUCACCAUCACCGCAGAGAUCAAAUUAAACUGACUUGGUGAUUUCCCAGGUGCCAACUGGAUGCAUGCUGCUUAUUCACUGUGUUAUUUUGCACAUGAUAGCUCUUACCUCGCUCCCUUUGUCAGGUCAAGAAAGCAUGAAAAGUCUAUAGUAGCUGCCAGCUAGCGUAGGAUUAGCUUGAGGACAGCAAGCAGCCUUGUUGGAAACUCAGCCAAGCUAAGAACUGGGCUACUUAUAAUCAAGGCCUGGUCAGUCACUAACAGCCCUUAAGCGUUUAAAUGUGAUUCCUUGAAAAUAAAAGUAUCCGUGUUAAUGUUGUAAUUCUCUCUAGAAGCACAUUGGGUCCAGAUACGGCGCACAUGCUGUCACAUUUCCUCACACCAGCAUUUUCAUGGUAAAAACACAGUUAUGUUUUAUGAUUUGUUUUGGUUUUGAAGUGUUUCUACGCUCUCCGGCUUGUGUGAAGGAACUUUGUACACUGGUUCGUGUAAUCUGUUGGCAGCUUUGGGAUCAGUGCAGCUCUCCUGUUUGCUAUUUAACUGCAUUAGUGGUAGCUAAACAAGGAAUUUAGCAUCUGCUGCCUUGUUGAAGCACUGGUGUGUUGAAUGGAGGGUUGACUAUCGAACAUUUCCUUUUUAGAUGUUGAUUUUGUUGUUUUUUUUGUUUUUGUGGAUGGCUCAGUUUGAAUAUGUCCUCUUUGGAAGGUAAAAAAUGUGAUUUUUAAUGAGACUGAAGUAUCAUAAUUUGUUUGAUUGUGUCCUAUAAUUUCAAGACUUAAAUUUUUUAGUUAUGUGUUAUAGGCCAGCCCAGAAGGUACCUUUGCCAUGGAUUUCCAUGCACAGCAGAUUUCCAAUGAAAGUUUUGCAUUAAGUCAAAGACAAGCUCUUAAGUAAAUGAAUGCUCAUACUAUCCACACAUUAUGUCCCACAGUUUAAUUUCCACUUUCAGAAUCCCCCUUUUUUCCCCAGAUUUUUAAAACCACACAUACAGUAACUUGUAUUAAAGGAAUAGUUCAACGUUUGGGAAAUAUGCUUAUUGGCUUUUAUUUCAAGAGUUAGAUGAGAAAAUUGAUACCACUCCUAUAUCUGUGUGUUAAUGGAGCCAGAGCCAAGACGUGAUUAGCCUAGCUUAGCAUUAAGACUGGAAGCAAGGAGAGACAGCACCUCUAAAGCUUAUUUAACACGUUAUGUUUCGUUUGUUUAAUCCAUCCACAAACAAAUAUAUAAACAGUUAGAAAUAAUUAUAGCACAUUUGUCAUGUUUAUAUUUGUUUAUAUACGGAUUAAACAAACGAGAUUCAACGUGUUAAUCGGUAAACUUUAGAGAUGUUGAUAGGUGUUUUUUAACUUUGGGGUGAGUCGGGAUAGCUGUUUACCCCUGCUUCCAGUCUCUAUGCUAAGCUAAUCGCCUCCUGGUUCUGGCACCACACUUGAAGCACAAACAUGUUCUUCCUCUUGGGAAGAAAACUAAUGAGCGUAUUUGCCAAAAAAAAAGUCACAUUAGCAGCUACAAUUUAUAAAGACGAAACAAAAAGUUAAACUGAUAAGUUAACCACAAUUCUUCCUGUGUUUCUUACAUAAAUUAAAAACUCUAUGGGAAGAGAAAAGUGUUGGAAAUCUGCCCCAAGGACCCUUGGCUAAAAAUAGUAACUGACAUCUGGGUUUCAGCACUACAAAUUGGAAUCAACACUUUACACUCAGAUGUAAUAUUAUUAUUAUUAUUAUUAUUAUUAUUAUUAUUAUUAUUCAUAUUAACUUUAUUGUCUGUUAUGUGAUUCUUCCAGGGAUCACAACUUCAGUGAAAGCAUUGAUUGUAUUAAAAGCACCAUAAUGAUGGCAGCUUUUUAGUUUGAGUUAAAAAUGUAUUUAACCAAGUUACGUACUAUUGAAAACUACUGACAUGAUUUGUGCAUAUUAUUAUGUAACACCACUUUGAAUCUAAUUGAACAUGCUCUUUAAUAGAUUCACCCACUGGUGGUAGUCUGUAAGCCAGUCUAUGGUUGGACAAGCAGGGUAACUCCGUAUUGUGUCCCAGGGUGACCACACUGUAUGCAUUUUGAGCUCAAUUUGUCAAAUGUUCUCUGACUUUCUAUUUUGUAGUCUGAUGUUAACUUCCAGAUGUGACAGAACCUGGUGUGUAGAUGUGGGACGGGUUUCUCUGUGUUUCUAUUUUAAGAGAGAUGUUACGCUUUUUUUCUCACAGAUUUGGGAGGAUAUUGUAUUUAUUUAUUUUAUCAGACGCUUCUGUCAAUGUCCAACACCAUUUUCUAUCUACAGCUUUUAGGUGAAUGAGGCAGAAGUCAGCAUGGUGGUUUUCUUUUUUUAAAUAAAUGCCAUUUUUGAACAUCC